AUGAAGAAAGGUGAUAUCCUAUCAGCAUUACAAUUAAGCUAUGAUCAAAUGCCGUCUUAUUUGAAGCAAUGUUUUGCUUUUUUUUCCCUUUAUCCUAAAGGUUUUACCUUCAAUAGUGAUGAAAUUAUAAAUCUUUUCGCAACCCUUGGGUUAGUUCAACCUCGAAAUGGAAGUGAAAAGAUAGAGAGUAUUCUAAGAGAAUAUAUAGACGAGUUAAAUUCACGAUCAUUUCUUGAGGAUUUCAAAGACUAUGGCUACUAUUACAAGUUCAAAGUACAUGAUUUGAUACAUGAUCUUGCAAUACAUGUUGUGAGAGACUACUUUGUAUUGGUAAGCUCGAACACUCAAACUAUACCAGAGAAAGCAAGGCAUUUAUCAAUUUUAGAAAAUGUUUUACUUGACUCUAGUUUGAUUCCGGAGUCCAAAAGAGUGAGAACUAUACUGUAUCCUGUUCAAGGAGUGGGUCUUAAAAGUAAAGAUCGUUUGCACACAUGGAUAUUAAGAUACAAAUACUUACUAUACUUAGAUUUAAGUAGUUCUUCAUUUCAGACUUUGCCAACCUCAAUUGCCAAAUUGAAGCACCUGUGUGUUCUCUAUAUUAGAGAUAACCACCAAAUUAAAACACUUCCGCGCUCUAUUUUCAAACUCCAGAGUUUGCAAGUUUUGUCCCUCGUUGGAUGCACGAAACUUGAAACAUUGCCCGAAGGAUUCGGGAAGUUGACAAGCCUUAGAAAACUGUAUAUAACCGCAAAACAACUUUUUCUGUCACUGGAUGAAUUUGCAAGCUUGAAUCAUCUUCAAGUUUUGGGUUUAUAUAAUUGUGACAAUAUGAAGCAUUUAGUCAGCAGGGCAGAAACACUAUUCACUUCUCUUGAAGCAUUGUAUAUUCAAUCUUGUAAGAGCUUGGAGUCUUUCCCUCUUUAUAUUUUCCCGAAAUUGCAAACUCUGGUAAUUAAAGAUUGUCCGAUGUUCAGUCUGUCGUUGAACUAUGAAGGCCCAAUCCGGAGGCAGAGAUUGAGGUUGAAACAUCUGCAUCUUAAGAGUUUUCCACAACUUUUGAAACUGCCUAGAUGGAUUGAAGAUGCAGCAGAGACUUUAGAAACCUUGAAAAUUCGAAAGUUUCCAAAACUCAAGAUGCUUCCUGAGUUUCCAACAUUAAUGACUCAUCUCAAAAGCCUAUAUAUUGAUCUAUGUCCCAAACUUUUGAGCCUUCCAAGUGACAUGCAUCGUCUCACUGCACUUGAAGAACUUCGCAUUUAUCGUUGUCCUGAGUUGUGCCAAAAAUUACGGCCCCCAUCUGGAGAGUACUGGCCCAUGAUUGGCCGCAUCAAGCGAAUUUCUAUUGGAAAACAUUAA